UUUUGGUAAAAAGCAAUCAAGAUGUUAAUCCACAGUCCUGAGUCCUGCUGAAAGAGAGGUUAUGAAAAGUGGCUGCUAAUAUCAGCUACUAUAUAUAGUGGUUAUGGAAAACUGUAAACUGCAAUGUGGAGACAGCUAACCCGGUUUAAACAGUCUGCUCUUCAGUCGGGCUAAGCGAGCAAGUGUAAUCCUCCUCGAGGGUGAAUGCAUGACCGGAAUUUAACUUUGAUUGAAUAGUUUCAGUUAACAGCGUCGGGAGAAUCUUCAGGUUUCUGGUUAUACCUUACAUUGGAAAGGUUCUGAACGGGGACAGAAACAUCCAUAAAGAAAGACCACAAGGCGAACAUGUCCCAGACUAUUCCUACAAGUCUCUCUGUUGUCCCCACUCGGGCUCUGGUUGAUGAGACGUUCAAGGUGGUGGUGGAGAAUCUGCCCCCAGCAUCUCCAGUCACACUUCAUGCCCUCCUCUACUCGGAGGACAAGGACUACUGGGAGGCUUAUGGACACUACGUCAGUGAUCACAGAGGAACAGUGUCCGUUGCAGAGGAUUUGAGUCUUGGGGGCACGUACACGGGAAAAGAAGCCAUGGGUUUGUUGUGGAGCAUGCGGCCUGAGCCCGGCAGCCGCACGGGUCUCAGGUUGAGAAAGAGGGAAGUCACCAGCCCCAUGCUGGUCCACAUCUCCGUCUACAGUGGACACAUAACCGAGGGCUUCAGGAAGCAGUCUCCUCUGGCCUCCGUGCUCACAGAGAGAUGGUACAUGGCUCCUGGAGUCCAGAGGAUUGAAAUCAAAGAAAAAGGAGUGCAAGGGACUUUCUUCAUACCUCCAGGUCCUGGACCCUUCCCCGGGCUUUUGGAUAUUUGGGGAGGUGGAGGAGGGCUGUUGGAGUAUCGUUCGGCCUUGCUGGCAUCUCAUGGUUAUGCUUCAUUGGUGCUGCAGUCAGCAGAUCUACAGACACAGGAUUUUGAGACCGGGUUUAAUAUCAUCAAGGACCAUCCUCAAGUGAUCCCCGACAAAGUUGGAAUUUUGGGUCUUUCCCUCGGCGUGGUUUUGACCCUUACUUUGGCAGCUGAAAGCACAAACAUUAAGCCUCAUUGUUGUGUGUGCAUCAGCGGCCAUCACUUGGUUGCACCUCGACUGAUGAUUCAAAGAUCCCUACCGAACAAUCUUACAAAGAGAGCUCAAUUUGAUGAGAACAACUACCGCAUAUGGCGAGAUGUGUUUUUACCGAUUCCCAGUGACCCCUCACAGAAAAUAGAUAUGCAGAAAAUAAAAUGUCCCAUACUGUUGGUCAACGGAGAUGAUGAUCAGAACAGUCCAACAGUGGAGGCUGCUGAGGAUAUCGCCCAGAUGAUGCGUUCUGGAGGGAACCUGCACCUGUUGUCCACACUGACGUACCCCAACACUGGACAUCUGAUCGAGCCGCCCUACUCACCUCACUUCAGAGCUACCAAAUUUAUAACUCCCACCGCAACAAAAGAGAAAGUGAUAGUUCUGUGGGGAGGACAAACCAAACCCCAUUCAGACGCUCAGGAGGACUCCUGGAGGAAGAUCUUAUCUUUUCUACAGCAUCAUCUCUACUCAAGCACGAUCCCCGAAGCCAGGAUGUGAAUGACAACAGAACCAGGAAACACAGCAAAGUGUGAAAACCUUUUGAAUAAUUAUCUAGGGUUUUGUUUUGGUCAUAUUGUGCCUCUAGUUUCAUAACUUUAUAUCCAUAACUUAUCAUUCCAAACACUCGAGGUGAGUCGACUUGCAAAGGUUAAAUUAAUGUAAGUUGCUGACGUCAUUAGAAACUGUCAGAAAUUG